CAGCAGAGCAGGGCAUCUCAUGGGGGGAUUCGUAAACCCGAGCAACUGGUAACACAGUUCUGUCUGUACACUUGCAUACAAAGAGAGGCAGCAGAGCAGAGCGUCUUUAUCCAAAAAGACAUGGCCACAGCCAGCAGUGUUCUGUCUGAAGAUCAGUUCCUGUGCUCCAUCUGUCUGGAUGUUUUCACUGAGCCUGUUUCUGUUCCAUGUGGACACAAUUUCUGCAAGGCCUGUAUCAGCAGACACUGGAAGGACAAAGUGCAUUGUCAGUGUCCACUGUGUAAAGAGACAUUCAACAAGGAACUCAAACUUUGCGUUAACACAGGAUUCAGGGAGGUUGUGGAGAACUUCAAGCAACAUCAUGUGACAGCUAAAAAUGAUUCCCCAGUCAAAGAGGGAGAGGUGCCAUGUGACAUUUGCCUUGGCAUCAAGUUCAAAGCCUGUAAAACAUGCCUUGUCUGUUUGACCUCUUAUUGCGAGACACAUCUAGAGCCUCAUGAGAGAGUUGCUGCCUUAGUAAGGCACGAAUUGACUGAUCCUGUGCAGAACCUGGAGGACAAAAUAUGCAAGAAACAUAACAGGAUUUUAGAGCUCAACUGCAGAGAUGACCUGACACCUGUUUGUGUCCUGUGUUCAGAACAUAGGGCAUAUAAUACAGUCCUUUUAGAGGAAGAGUAUGAAGAAAACAAGGUUCAAAUAGAGAAGGAAAAGUCGGAAAUUCAGGUAAUAAAACUGAAGCGACACAAGAAGGCUCGGAAGAGAAAAGUAGAAGGGCAGACCAAGGUGAAAGACAAGGCAGUCGCAAACAGUGUUGUGUCUAAUCAGCUGCAAGCCCCUAAAGAAGGCCCUCAUUCAAUACAACUCAAUAGAUAUUCCUAUGACCCUGCAGUCAGGAACCCAUUUGAGGGGAGAUUCUACAUGGAGGUUCAGACUGAAUGGAAGACUGGCUGGCAUUUAGGAGAAGUCCGAUGUUCGAUGUGUGAGAAGAAGACAUUCAAACAUAACUUCCGGAACCGAAAUUCCAACAUCAGCUUGAGGAAUAACACCAACUGCAGGGCUUUACAUAACAUCAUCACUGUCAUCCCUGUGUUUGUAGGUUAUGAGAAAGGAUUGGUGUACAUCUAUAAUGCAGACACCGAGAAUGUGAUCGUCACUUUCAUUAGCCACGAAGUCAAUGACAGAGUCAACCUAUUCUUUAGCCCUGGUAUUACUGAGUACUGUAUAAAUUGUAUCACUCUGGUACCCUCACAAAAGCGACAAAAAAAGGCUAAGAGUAUAAAGGAUAUUCUGGCUUUAAAUUCAGAUAACUUACGUGCUCUUAUUAUACUUGUCUUUUUCUUUGUCGUUGCCAUUGCCUUCACCAUUGUCAUAUGUAUAGUCAACAUGGUUUAAAUAGAUGACGAUGAAAUCUAAAUCUAGUCAACUCUGACCAUGAAAAGUCCAGCUCAUACAUAUUUCAUAAAUCUGGGCUGUGUAUACAUCUGAGUAAGUUGAGUUUGACUGGAAAUAAUUACUUUCUCCAUCAGUAAUGGCUUUUUUGAUAUUUGUUAGAGAUGAUGUGGCAUGUUUAUACUUAAUGUGAUGUACUUGUAGAGGCAGUGUAUGUUUUUUCUUAUUACUUAGGUUUGAAUUGUAAGUGUUUGAUAUACAAAAUUCAUAAAGUUGCUUUUCUCUAUCAAACAUGA